GUUCACUUUUUCUCCACUUUUCCUCUCUCCCCAUCUCAAAGCCACAGACCAAGUAUAUAAAGUUAUAAACCCUUCCCCACCCCCCACGCUCUCACCCUCAACAAACUCCGCAUGCCCUACCCUUCAAAACAUUCAUGGCAGCCUUCCAAGCAGCACUACUGCUCAUCACGGUGGCGCCGCUCCUUUCAGCCGCUCUCCCCACCGCCACCGCCGUAUCCUUUCCCAAUUUUCAGCACUUUGACGUGAAAAAAGCCAUAGAGGCCGCGACCGAGGUGACUCAGUUUCAUGAAUUCUCAGAAACCCAAAUUGACCAAGAAGCCGAGAAAUGGAUGCUGAAGCUAGUCCACAGAGACAAGCUACCUUUCCCAGAAACUCAAAGCGACCAUUAUCACCACCGUUUCAACGAGCGCAUGAGCAGAGACGCGAAAAGGGUCGCCGCCCUGACUCGCCGUCUCCGCGGCGGAGCCGCCACUUCUGGCGGUGGAAGUUUUAGUGAAGUGGAAGAUUUCGGGUCGGAUGUGGUUUCGGGUAUGAACCAAGGAAGUGGAGAAUACUUCGUCAGGAUAGGCGUUGGAAGCCCUCCCAGAAGUCAAUACAUGGUGAUUGAUUCUGGCAGUGAUAUUGUAUGGGUGCAAUGCCAGCCCUGUGACCCUUGUUACCACCAAUCCGACCCGGUUUUCGACCCAGCUAACUCUGCUUCUUUUGCCGGAGUUUCUUGCGGUUCGCCCGUCUGCAGCCGCCUCGAGAAUUCGGGUUGCCAAUCAAGUCGGUGUGGGUACGAGGUCACCUACGGUGAUGGAUCGUACACGAUGGGAACCCUUGCCCUGGAGACCCUCACGUUCGGGCGCACCGCGGUGCGGGACGUGGCCAUCGGGUGCGGGCACAAGAACCAAGGCAUGUUCGUCGGAGCUGCAGGUCUAUUGGGCCUCGGGGGUGGGUCCAUGUCCUUUGUGGGUCAGCUUGGUGGGCAGACGGGCGGAGCAUUCAGCUACUGUCUAGUGAGCCGGGGCAACGACGCACCUGGGUCGUUAGCAUUCGGGCGACGAGCGAUGCCAGUGGGUGCCGCAUGGAUCCCCCUCCUCCAAAACCCGCGGGCCCCGAGUUUCUACUACAUCGGGCUCGCGGGUCUGGGAGUUGGAGGCACGCAGGUUGCAAUACCUGAAGACAUUUUCCGGUUAACCGAGUUAGGGGACGGUGGGGUGGUUAUGGAUACGGGCACUGCAGUGACGAGGCUCCCGACACCGGCAUAUGAGGCCUUCCGCGACGCUUUCGUUGCGCAAACUGGGAACCUUCCUCGGGCUCCGGCAGUGUCCAUAUUCGAUACGUGUUACGACCUGUCCAAAUUCGUGACAGUUCGGGUACCAACGGUGUCGUUUUAUUUUUCGGGUGGCCCAAUACUAUCCCUUCCAGCGGGGAAUUUUUUGAUACCGGUGGAUGAAGGGGGGACUUUCUGCUUUGCAUUUGCGCCAUCAGCUUCGGGGCUUUCAAUAAUAGGGAACAUUCAGCAAGAGGGAAUUCAGAUAUCCGUUGACGGAACGAAUGGGUUUGUGGGAUUUGGCCCCAACGUGUGCUGAUGAGUGAGAACCUUUUUUUCUUUUUUUUCCUUUUUUUCUAUUUUAAUAACUAUAAUUAUAAUAUUUUUAUGAAUUAAUUAAAGUGGACUUUCCUACUUAGUUAAAGCAUAUAUAUGAAGUAAUAAAGUUGUAGUAGCUAGUAAGAUGAGCUUAAUUGUUGUAAUAAUAUGAUGGGGUCAUUGAUGUUCUUCCGAUUGAUGUUGUACUCUAUCUAUAUAUAUAACCAAAAGUAGUGCCUCCUGUAUUUAAUAACUAUAAUAAUAAUAAUAUUUUUAUUAUUAUGAA